AUGGAACCAGAUCCCAAAUUAUUGUCUCUUUUAGAGAAGGUUAAUAAUCCAAUAGAGUUGUUUAAAAUACAUAUAACUGUGAAAGGAGUGUAUGGAUUUAGUGAAGAUUGGAAAUUAACAGAUGAAACGAAUCCAGGAAUAUUUGCAAAUGUAGUUCGUUACUAAGGGGAAGAUUUGUUUGGCAAGAUCAAGGGUCGAGAAUAGACAGAGAGAGAGAAGUUUGAGGAGUAUUAGAAAAAUAGUAAAAAGAAUAAAAAGGACACUAAGAGUCCAGAAGAAGAAGAAUAAAUGAAGAAGGCAUUGGCAUUGGAGGAAGAGGAAGAGUAGAAAAAAUAACAGCAUUUGGGGACUCUAUCAGAGCAAGAUAAAUUAUUUUUUAUUUCAGAAGACAAAUUCAAAACUAUUAGCAUUUAGUAUGAGGAAACUCAUACAGUCGAGGUGACUAAUGUGCGUUAGUUGGAAGAAGAGAUUCUUGAAAGCAGAAAUUACAUUUAUUUUAUUCGAUAGCCUGCAAUCACAGAAGAAGAAUUAGUUAAAUUAAAGAAGGGUAAGACCAAGAAUUUAAAUAAUGCUGAAUUAACUCAAAUAAUAUUUAAGGGGGUUUUUGAUUUGUCAGAAUUAUUAGAGCCUGGAUGCACUCGUACAACAGUGAGGGCACUCUUAAAAUAAGAAGAAAAUGCAGAUUGUCCUAAAUAUAAUUGUGAUAAGAUGUAUGUCAAAGUAGAAAUUGAGACUGAACCUGCAUUAACUCCCUUGGUUGAAGACAUUCCAGUUUUGAAUAUCGAACCAAUAGUAGUAUAAAGAAUACCAAGCAAAUUCGAGUGUGUUGGCUAAUUUCAAAGCGACAUCAAAGAAGCCAUGAAGGCAUUGGAUGAAGAAUAUUCUAAACUCUAUCCAAGUGAUCAAAAGGCUAAAGUAAGUGUGAAUUUGACAGUCUAAAAAAGACAGGAGUUACAAAAGAAGAAAGAAUCCUUCCUUAAUGAAAUUAAUUAAUCAGGAAAAUACAAGAUCCUUUAAGAUAGAUUAAGAUCAUCUAUUAUUAGAGUCUGUAUUGAUAAAUUUGCUAAGGAAGGACUGUUUGUUGGAGUUAACAAGGAUGAAUAAGACAGGUUGUUUGCAGAGCUUUAUGUUUUUAUGAUGGAAGAAAUGUAGACUACACUUGGAGAAUAUGUACUUAAUAAUAAGGAAGAUAUUCAUGAAGACUUAUACUCAACCUACGAUUAAAAUUAAAGAGAUAGAGACGUAGUAUUCCAAUCUUUGAAAGAAUCGGCUUUUAAGAAAUUCAAGAGAUUUGCAGAGUAAUAUGAAACCAUUAAUCAAGUCGAUUAGGCUUUAAAAUAUUACACCAAUAUGGUCUUGGUGGAUCCUAAAUCAGCAACUAUAUUUGCUAAAUAUUGCUUCAAAAUCCAGAGAUUCAAAGCAGCCGAACAAUUAAUCUAAAUGGUUAGAGAUAUAGAAUGGAAUAAAGAAAAUGAAUUGUUGAUGGCCUGUCUUUACAUCAGAAGAGAACGGUACAAAGAAGCCACUAACAUAGUUCAAUCUUUACUUCAAAAAGAGCCUAUAAAUACACUUUUCAAUUUACUCAUGGCCUUCAUAUACAAGCAGCAAGGGAAUCAGAAUAUGGCUGACAAAUAUUCGAGAUGCACUCAAAGAAUAUUUAUGAGAACCAUGGGCUUGCUAACAAAAGGAUUUCCAAAACAAUAACCAGAUCCUCACUUAUUGCCAAAUUUCAAAUAACAAAUGAUUGAACAAUAAGAAAAAGCCAAAAAGGCUCCAGUCUUGACUCCAGAAUAGACAGAUCAAAUUCAAUUAGAAUUAAUUGAGUAUUUCGCAUCUCGCAGUUUAUUUGAUCUAGCAGAGAAAGCACUUAUUAAUAUUAAAGACAAAACCACUCAAAAGAUUAACAUAAUAAAGGCCUAGAUUCAUAUCUUCAAUGAAAACUAUACAGAUGCUUUGAGUUUAAUUCAAAAAAUCUUAAAUCAAAAUCCAAAAAAUUAUGAAGUCUACUUAAUAAAAGGAGCUUUGUGUUAUUAAACUGAGCAGUUUUAUGAAGCAGAAGAGACUUUCUUAAAAGCUUUAUCUAUAUAACAAAGGAAAUCCUUUGAUAUCCUACUGAGAUUGGGUUAUUUGUAUCUUAAACGUAAGUCUUGGCAAGACGCUAAGGCUAUUUUUGAAAGGGCCUUAGAUUAGUAAAAUCCUUCAAAUAGUUCCUUAACUUGGUUAGGACUUGGAAUUUCAAAUCUAAGGUUAAAGGACCCAAUAGCUGAGGAGUGCCUUUGUUAAGCAAGCAUUCACGAACCGUUUAAUGGUGAGGUUUGGGGAUAUUAGGCUCUAAACUGUUUAUAAUAGAAGAGAGGGUAAUAGGCCAAACAAUGCUUAUUAAGAAUGGAAUAAACAGAAGUAAAUGAUUUAGAUUUAUUGAUUGAAUUGGCAGAGGAGAUGUACAAAUGCCAAGAUUAUGAGAGUUGUCGAUAAAUAUUAAUGAGAGUCUAUAAUUCAAAAGUUAAGAUACCUAAUAUGGGUUUACUGUUAAAGAAUCUGGGGUAAGUGCAUGCAGAAUUAAGAAGAAAAGAGGAAGCCAAAUAAUAUUACGAAGAGUCAUUAAUAUAUUUAGAGAGUGCUAACGAAAUAGAAAAAGUAAAUUAAGAAAUAAAGUUUUUAUGA